AUGAGCAUCAAAGCGACAGGGCGGCCGUUUGUCAACCGUGACGUCGUCGCGUCGCUCAUACCGCGACUUCAACGCAACUUGUCCACCAAACAGCUGCUGUCGUACCAUGACGCGCCGCCCGUGGGCGCUAGCGUCGCGGCAGUGUUCCGCUGGAGAGACAAGACCAAGCACUCGCUCGAGCUGCUGUUCGUGCGACGGUGUGUGAAUGAAAAGGAUGCAUGGAGCGGUCAGGUGGCGUUUCCAGGCGGCCGACGACAGACACAACAGACGGGGACGACCAAUCGGUCGUGGGGACGCGACGACGCAGUGAGCGAGUCGACGAAGUGGGAGUCGCUGCGUGAGACGGCGCAGCGAGAGACGAAGGAGGAGGUGGGGCUGGACCUCACGCUGCCAUACGUGCACUGGAUUGGCAGCUUGCCGCCACUGCAGACACAUCUCUCGCGCUCGUUACAUGUCAGCACACAAGUCUUCUUCAUUGACGUGGCGGCAGAGGAGCACGAGUACACGCCCAAGCUGCAGGCGUGCGAGAUUGCCGACGUGUUUUGGGUAGACGUGCAAGAGCUGUUCAAUCCGCGACGGUAUCAGGUACUUUCGUACCCGCUGGAACAGACUCUGCGGGUGCAUCCUCGAGUGCUGGCCCUUGUCAAGAAACUGCUAGGCGACAUGCUGUUCGACUGCAUCUACCUGUCAAGACCGUACCAUCCACUACCGGAUGACAAGCACCUCCCGCGUCGAGACGUGCACGACUUUGUACUGUGGGGACUCACCCUGCGAGCUGUCACGCACCGUUUUGCAGCCGCCGGAUCGUCGCUGCCAGUGGGUCCAAUCGCACAGCAAUUCGAAAAGUCCAAGAUCCUCGGCGGUUUCGUGCUCUACUGCAUGCGUAAGCCCCUUUCUGUUGUCGUGGGUGCUACAGCUUUUCUGUCAUCCAUUGUCGUCGCUAAACUCGUCUACACGGCGUUGUAA